AUGGCAGGGUGCCCCUGGCCCUCUCUGGCCUUCACUCUCACCCCUGCCUGGCAGGUGAUGGAUCUUGGCCGCCAUGCCAACCGCCGCUUCUUCAACUGGUUUUAUUGGAGCAUCAACGUGGGUGCUGUGCUGUCGCUGCUGGUAGUGGCCUUUAUCCAACAGAACAUCAGCUUCCUGCUGGGCUACAGCAUCCCCGUGGGCUGCGUGGGCCUGGCCUUCUUUGUCUUCCUCUUUGCCACCCCCAUCUUCAUCACCAAGCCCCCCAUGGGCAGCCAAGUGUCCUCUAUGCUUAAACUUGCUCUCCAAAACUGCUGUCCCCGGCUGUGGUGCCGACACUCUGCCAGAGACCCUCAAGACGCCCAACUGCUGCCUGACCAGAGGUCUCCCCAGCCUGGCCCUUCCCCCCAAGAGGACAUCGCCAACUUUCGGGUGCUGGCCAAGAUCUUGCCCGUCAUGGUGACCCUGGUGCCCUACUGGAUGGUGUACUUCCAGAUGCAAUCCACGUAUGUCCUGCAAGGUCUUCACCUUCACAUCCCGAACAUUUUCCCAAGCUACCCUGGCAACAGCUCGGUGGCUCUGGGAGCCCAGGAGAGCAGCUACAAGAUCCCUGAAGCCUGGCUCCUCCUGGCCAAUGUUGUGGUGGUGCUGAUCCUGGUGCCAGUGAAGGACCACCUGCUCGACCCCUUGCUGCUGAGGUGCAAGCUGCUUCCCUCGGCCCUGCAGCAGAUGGCCGUGGGGAUGUUCUUUGGCUUUGCCUCCGUCAUCGUGGCAGGAUUCCUGGAGAUGAAGCGUUUAGAAUACAUCCAUCACAACCAGACGAUAUCCCAGCAGAUCGGGGAGAAUGUGUACUAUGCAGCACCACUGUCUAUCUGGUGGCAGAUCCCGCAGUACCUGCUCAUCGGGAUCAGUGAGAUUUUUGCCAGCAUCCCAGGCCUGGAGUUCGCAUACUCAGAGGCCCCGCGCUCUAUGCAGGGCGCCAUCAUGGGCAUCUUCUUCUUCCUGUCGGGGAUGGGCUCACUGUUGGGCUCCAGCUUGGUGGCACUGCUGUCACUGCCAAGGGGCUGGUUACACUGCCCCAAGGACCAUGGGAACAUCAACAACUGCCAAAUGGACCUGUACUUCUUCCUGCUGGCCGGCAUUCAGGCUGCCACGGCCCUCCUGUUCAUGUGGAUCGCUGGUCGCUAUGAGAGGGUGGCUCAGGGCCCAGCCUCCCAAAACUCUCCCAGCAGGGAUAGGGGCUGACACAUGCCCACCCCCGCUUCUUUCCACUGGAAAAGACAGCAACAGUCGCAGCUGGGGUUUCCUUCUCCAUUUAUUCUGUACCCAACAUUAGGAUGAAAUGAUUCCCAUAAAUAAGAGGCAUGAGCCUUUCCUCAUGAC